CCGGUUCCGUACUGGGUAACGGUACCGGUAACGUACAUCAUGUGGCACUAAUGUCACGCCACACUUCACCUGUUCAUGUCAACGUAAAUUUCACGUUUCUUCACUGAUCAAAAUGGCGGAGACGAAAGUUGCUCAAGAGCUCGUUCAGUUUUUACGGAUUUCUGCGAAACCGGAGCUAAAGAUAGCAGCGCUGGAGAAUGUUGUUGGGCUCACAAAUAAUGCGACUGGAAUUUCUUUCAUUUUGAAGUAUAAAGAUGUUUUAGAGGCUCUGCUUUCAUUACUGAAAGACAAAGUUCGAGAAGUUGCAGACAACGCUUACAAGGCAGUGAUAAAUUUAUCUGCAGAUGACAGUGCAUUGAAGUGUAUCAUUGAUGAUUAUGACAUCAUAACAGAUCUUAUAAAAACAAUAUGUUAUCCAGAAUCAUUCAAUGCUGACGGAGCUUGCAAAAUUUUAAAUAAUUUAACAAGGACGAAAAAAGGAGCGUUGGAAUUUUUGAAAAAAUGCCAAAAGAAAAUAGAUAAUGAUAAAAAUGACGAUUUUUCUGAUUCAAAAUUGAAAGAACUUAUAGACAUUUUUUGUAAAACCAAAUUUAAUGAAAAGGGAUCUACGUUGGAUCAUAUCGGAACAAUUUUAACGAAUGUCACGCAGACAGAAAAAGGCAGGAAACUCUUACUGGACCAUGAAUCUCCUUUGAUUGGACAAUUACUUCCAUUUCUCAAUCCUGAUUCGUCCCCCUUACUGAGGAGGCGGGGCAUUUCUAUGACCAUCAAGAAUUGCUGUUUUGAUCAUGAACAUCAUGAAUGGCUUCUCGGAGAAGAAGUUGGAAUACUGGAACAUUUACUGUUACCACUAGCUGGGGGUGAAGAGUUUUCUGAGGACGAAAAUGAGUCACUCCCCCUCGAUUUACAAUAUUUACCUGAAGAUAAAAAGAGAGAACCCGAUUCCAGUAUAAGGAUAAUACUUCUGGAAAGCUUAUUACUUCUCUGUGCAGACAAGCCAGGCAGAAUGAUCCUGAAAAACUCCGGGACUUAUUAUAUUAUCAGAGAAUUGCACAAGUGGGAAAUAGAGAAUGGUCCAGAAGAGAACGGAGAACAAUGUGAAAAACUAGUGCAGAUACUGAUAGCUGACGAACCAGAACCAGGGAUGGAAAAUUUAUGGGAGAUUCCAAAUGAGAAGUUAAAAUUGGAUACAUAAUGGAGAUCAUACUGUUGGGCAUCAUUAAACAAACACAUACUCACUGUUAUGGACAUUAUAUCAGUGAUGGCAAGGAUCGGCCCCUGACUCUGGCUUGAAGUGGACUUGAUUCACUUUUUAUUCACAAGUGCUUGAAGUGACUCAAGUUAUCUAGGUGGAAUAACAUAGAAUUCUGCUAAAUUUGUACAAAGCCGACCCUACAAAUCGUGACAUGUCGUACGCACCUGUCACAGUAAAUGGUUGCAGGAGAGAAUUAAUGCGAUAUAGAGUUAUCUGCGUAAAGGAAUAAUUUUUAAUGCGAGUAUAAGCCAACUAACUCCUUAUUAAUUUGACAACUUUUUUUUUGAGUUUCAAAAUCAGCUCAUAUGUGAGGAUAGAUGAAGACAGAGGGCAUGAGCUCAGAAAAUGGGUGCUUUGACCAUCAAAACACUCCCAAGUCAUUACUUUAAUCCUUACUCUUG